AUGGGCGCAACCUCAUUCCAUCGUUCCAUCCUCGAGGUCCGGCUGCCAAAGCACUUUGACAAGCCGAUGGACAUGAGGUACGACAGAACACAAGACCCACAGGAACAUCUUACGACCUUCGAGGCCAGAAUGAACCUGGAAGGAGUGGGUGACAAGGUAAAAUGCUGCGCCUUCCCGGUCACUCUGGCGGGACCUGCAAUACGGUGGUUCAAUAACCUCCCGCAGGGCUCGGUGGCUAGGUUCUCGGACAUUACCCGCGCUUUCCUAGCCCAAUUUACAACCAGAAUCACAAAGGCAAAGUACCCGAUCAAUUUACUCGGAGUGACUCAAAGGUCCGGCGAGCCAACCAGGAAAUAUCUAGACCGGUUCAACGACGAGUGCUUGGAGAUCGACGGGAUGACGGAUUCAUUUGCUAGCUUGUGCUUGACGAACGGACUUCUAAACGAGGACUUCAGAAAGCAUCUCACCACGAAGCCGGUGUGGACAAUGUAG